AUGUCUAUGAACUUUAUCCUAGUAGUGUUUCCUUGUCCUCACGGCCUUGCUGCAUUACAAGCUGCUUCUGAGAAUGUAUAUGAUUAUAUUGAUAAGUACUUUCAUGUUGAUAUGUUCAAGAAGAGCUACAGUUUUCCCAUCCGUCCGAUAACCAAUGUUGAUAUGUCUUCUUCGGAAUCUGCUUCUGAAUGUAUAUUACCUCCCCUUGCGAAGAGGCCCCCCGGGAGGCCUAGGGUGAAGCGGUUCAAGUCGGUUGGAGAGGUUGAAAAGAAGCUGAUUCGUUGUGGUCGUUGUGGCAAAAUGGGCACUCAUAACAAGUUGAGCUGCACUGAACCUCUCGUUCAGCAGUAG